AUUUUUUUUAAUUGUAGUUUACGUGACUCGAAGAAUGAUUCGUGCGGCCUCGUGUUCUUUGCCGUUUUACAUGUAUUAACUUAAGACUGAAGUUUGGGGAACAACUUUUGCAGUAUUAAUCAAGAGAUAGACUUGGUCCAAGAUGUCGCUGUGGGCGAGGGCUCAGCAGCUACCCCAGGAGAGCUUGCAGAAGGUACGGGCUAUCUAUGGCGAUCAUUUUCCUAUUGAGGUCCGCCACUGCUUGGCGCCGUGGAUCGAGAGCAAGAUAUGGACGGCGGAACCCGAAGAGCAGCAGCGUUUCUUCGUCGAGGAACUGGUGCAGGAGAUCAAGACGACAGCAGAGCUGAUGCUCUCCCCGGACAUGUUCGUCACCAAGAUGAAGCUGUUCGAGGCUGCCAAGGCCUUCCACGCGCAGUACAGCCACGCUCCGCACGAGCUAUACGCGUACAUCCGGCGUUGCCUGGCCUUGGAGAUGGAGGUUAUACAGAGCGCCACCCAGUAUGUGGCCCAGCCCCACACUGAGAGGAAAUACAGCGAGUUGCUGACAGACCUGCAGACCGUCCGACAGAAGGUGACGAUGGUCAGCGAAGAAAUACGGUCACUGCAGGCCCACAACGAAUCGUUCUCACUUCAGUACCACGAGUGUCUUAAGAACAAAGGCCACAUCCAGUACUUGCAGUCUUCUGGACAACUGACCAACGAGCGGCGCGAGUUGGAGGCGUGUCUCCGGAGCCAGAUCGAGGAGAUGGAGAGGAAACUCAAUGCUUUGGUGGCUCAGAUUAAGCAGGCUCAGAUGGAACUGGUGGACCAUAUAAAAGAGAACAUCGCCACACUACGUCAGCUCCAAAGCAUCGUGCUGGACGACGAACUUAUCAGAUGGAAGCGCGAGCAGCAGCUGAGCGGCAACGGUCACCCCAUGCAGUCCAACCUGAACUCCAUCCAGGAGUGGUGCGAGAUGCUGGCCGACCUCAUCUGGACCACGCGCCAGCAGGUGAACAACGCGACGCGCAUCAACAGCAAGACCAUCAUACAGCUGCGCCAGCCCCAUCUCGAGGAGAUGCUCGAGGAUAUGGGGAAACAGGUGACCAGCCUUCUGUCCACACUCGUGACUUCGACCUUCGUGAUCGAGAAACAACCGCCUCAAGUUAUGAAGACCAACACACGUUUUACGGCUACGGUCCGGUUGCUGGUAGGAGGCCAACUGAACGUGCACAUGACCCCACCCAGAGUCACUGUGGUGAUAAUCUCGGAGCAACAAGCGCAGCUGCUGCUGAAGAGCGAGUCCCCGGCCGGACGCGGCAAGCAGCCCGUGGAGUGCGGCGAGAUACUGAACAACAGCGGCUGCAUGGAGUACCAGCCCACCAGCCGACAGCUCAGCGUCAGCUUCCGGAACAUGCAGCUGCGUAAAAUCAAGCGAGCGGAAAAGAAAGGGACAGAGAGCGUGAUGGAUGAAAAGCUGACCCUCCUGUUCCAGUCCGAGUUCAACGUGGGCGGUGGCGAGCUCGUGUUCCAGGUGUGGACGCUAUCCCUGCCGGUGGUCGUGAUCGUACACGGCAACCAGGAGCCCCACGGCUGGGCCACGGUCACGUGGGACAACGCCUUCAGCCCCGCCGGCCGGGUGCCCUUCGCCGUGCCAGACAAGGUGACGUGGGGCCAACUAGCCGAAACUCUCAGAGUCAAGUUCUACUCGGCGACGGGCGGUGAUCUUUCGGAAGAUAACUUACGAUUCCUGGCCGAAAAGAUAUUCAGCAGAUCGAACGUGCCCCACAACCAGAUAGAGCUGAACAACCUGACCGUCUCCUGGAGCCAGUUCUGCAAGGACGCCCUCCCUGAGCGCAGCUUCACCUUCUGGGAGUGGUUCUACAUGGUGGUCAAGGUCACCAGGGACUAUCUGCGGACCCUGUGGGUCGACCGGUUGAUAAUGGGUUUCAUACAGAAGAAACAGGCGGAAGACAUGCUCUCUAAAUGCACUCCGGGCACAUUCUUACUUCGCUUCAGCGACUCUGAGCUGGGAGGCAUCACUAUCGCUUGGGCCGGAGAUGGUCGCGAAGUAUUCAGUCUCCAGCCAUUCACGUCACGUGAUCUGACCCAACGACCUUUAGCCGACCGGCUGUCUGAUCUGACGCAGCUGCAGUACUUAUACCCGAAUGUGGCUAAAGAUGAUGUGUUCUCCAAAUAUUAUACGAAACACGAAAACGAGAUGUUAAAGAACGGCUACGUGAAGCCAGUGCUAGUGACUACUCUACCCCCAUACAUGUCACCGUCACCCUACGCGCACUCCCCAGACAGCCAGCGAAACACCCCUAGCGUUCAGAGCAGCUACCUGAGCGCCGCGACCCCCGCGCUGACUGAGAGCUCCUUCAUGGACAGCGACCUGUUCGAGCAAAUCCGAGCCUUCGAGCCGGACAGCAUGGACGACUUCAGCUUCUACCAGGGCAACAUGAGCAACAUGUCAAACAUGUCUAACAUGACUAACAUGUCUAACAUGUCCAACAUGCGGGAGUGAGGUGAGU